CGUAGCAGCAUCAUCGUGGUCGUGGUCGUCGUCUUCAGCCGUAUCAUCGGCAAAAUGACAUAUUGUCGAAACGCACCGAGUUCUGUAUUGUAAUCAUAUAUGUUUUGAACGACGCAUACCUACCUGCAGCAUCGACUAGUGAAAUACAAAACGGUAUAUCGACGCUGACGUCGAGACGAAAUUCACCGUCGGGGGAGGGAAAGACAAAAAAAAAGAAAUUUAAAAAAAAAGUUAACAACCGAUUUCGGAUAUAGAAACGUUUACAUCGGGCGCUAUUGUGUUUAACGGUUCACUUGUUGCGACUAUGUUUUUCCGCCGAUUCACGCGACAACAGCAAUAAUUAAACCCACGUACCUAUAUACAGGUAUACAUAUCGGCGGUGGCGGAGGCGGAUCACGCACCCCGACGACCGUAGCGACGGCGCCGCUCGUUAGCGGUACAAUAUCCCGGCACCGUCAGUCAUUAACCUUCCGUACACUGCAGCCGUCGUAGCUCUCUGCCAUCAACGCAAUACUGUACCACUCGCCGCUGCGACGACGACAUGCAUCACCCUCGGUGGUCGCCGCUGUGCCUCGCCUUGUAUCUGAUCGCCGGAGCAGAGGUCCUGCUGGCCGCCGAUAACGUCACAUCUACCCCGGUACAGGAAGUUCCACAAGCACGAUGCUCAAACAAUUACACGAUAACUUGCGUCAAGAGGGAUGUACUCUUGUUGCUGGACGGUCUGGAUGGCGAACGAAGCUACGAGAUUUAUCCAGGAUUCACAUUAUUUCAGAGGCGUAGUUCGUCGGCUGGUCUAUUGCCGACCAACGAGUCGCUGGAUGCUGCCAACUCCAGUCAGCUAGACCACAUGAUCGUCAAACGACUUAACGAUUACGUGGAGAGCAUCGAUCUGCGGGUCAAACUCCUAAAUCCGAUCAACGCGACGGCUCGAUCGGUUGGUAACAGCAUGUUCGAACGGAUAUUGCCGUUUCUCAGAAUGAGUAGAAAAAAGAAAGACCAUCACGGAUUGUACUGGGCGGCGGGCACGAUGGCCGCUGUCGGAGCCAGCGCCCUUAUAGCACUUUCCAGCAAGGCCCUGAUGACGGCGGGCGCAGCGUUGGCCCUAGCCAUCUACAGCUGCAUGAAGGGUGGCGGCGGCGGCGGAAAAGGCGGUGGCAGUCAACUAACUGCCACGCUGAUGGAAGAGAGCUCACUGGUUCCACACCGGCAGUGUGCCGAGGCGGUGGUAGAUAUUUCGGGUAUGCAUAACUAUCCGGUGGAUGUGGAACGGUAUCCUGGGUCAAGAAAGACGUUGGACAUUGUAUCACCUGCUAUGCCCGUCUACAGGAUCCACCAGACGUCUGACGACUAUUCAUCGUCGUAUGGUCCACCUCAGUCCCAAGCCCAGUACCCGUAACGUUCUUGAACUGCUUUGGUCGGUUAUAGUCAGGGCAAUAGUAGUUGCAUUUAUGAACAUCGAUGACUCAAAAAAUGUUUCAAAAAUUAAUAUACUUACCGUCCACUUAAAUAAUAAUAAUU